AGUGAAGUGAAGUGGACCUCAAAAAUCAAAACUCUUUCUUUUUCUCUCUCUACCGAUACGAGAUACGAAUACACUUAUCAUAAAUUUCCCAAAUUGUAAUGUGUAUUUUGGUUGUCCUCAAUCCAAUUCGUGGUCUGUAUUGUCCUGCGCCUUUAUGCGACACGCUCACGGAAGCUCCACUCCUCGUCUCCACUCUCCACACUCCACUCUCUCUCUUCCUCUUUCUCUCUCCUUUCAUUUCAGCUCUGGUUAAUUCUUGCAGUCCAAAGCUAACGAAAGGAAAAGGUGCCCAACACUCAACAAAUUCCUGUGCGUGCCGCAAUGGUAUUAUGCUCGGUUCUUUCAAUUCCUUCCUAAUUUAUUAAUCCUCACAGCCGGCCAUGUGCAAUCGAUCCAUCCAUCCAUCCUAAUUUCUACCCCCACAAAAAGUAUUGGAUUGGAAUUGUUGCCCUGCUCCAAUGGCGAUCGCUUCUCCGUCGGCUCCCAGAUUCUGCUGCACAGACCCGGCCCGGCGCAGUUUCUCGCAACCCGUUUCUGCGCGGUUCGGGUCGGGUCCUCGAUCUCGGGUCCCGACCCGGCCUAGGAUCGCGUGCCGGUUGAACAGCAGCAGCAGCAGCGCCUCGUCGGAUGGGGAGGCGGUUUACGAGCUGAAUUACCACAGCCGCGGCAGGAGGAGGGGGUCGUUCCCCGUGUACGUGACGCUGCCGGCUGACGCCGUCGGCCCCGCGGCGGAGACGAUGCGGCGGAGGAAGGCGAUGGCGCAGUCGUUCCGGGCGCUGGCGGCGGCGGGCGUGGAGGGAGUGGUGAUGGAGGUGUGGUGGGGACUGGUGGAGCAGGAAUUCCCCACACGCUACAACUGGAAAGGCUAUCUGGAGCUUGUCGAAAUGGCGAAACGCUUCGGAUUGAAGGUCCGCGCCGCCAUGGCCUUCCACCAGUCCGGCACCGGCCCCGGCGACCCCCUCUGGAUUCCUCUUCCUCGAUGGGUGCUCGAAGAAAUCGACAAAGAUCCAGACGUUGCAUAUGCUGAUCGGUUCGGGAGGAGGAACACAGAGUACAUUUCACUGGGAUGCGACAUCCUCCCGAUUCUCUGCGGACGGUCACCGAUUCAGGCGUACGCCGAUUUCAUGAGAAACUUCAGGGACACAUUCAGAUCGUUUCUCGGUGGAACUAUAACCGGAAUUCAAGUCGGUCUAGGCCCCGGCGGAGAACUUAGAUACCCUUCCUGCCCUACACAGAAGCUAAGUUGGGGGUGGCGAGUGCGGGAACUCGGCGAAUUUCAAUGCUACGAUAAGUACAUGUUGGCAUCGUUGAACGCCUGCACUCGGGAGACGGGGAUUCGCGAAUGGGGAGCCGGAGGCCCCUUUGGCACCGGAAGUUUAAUGCAAAAUCUCGAGGAUACCGAGUUCUUUCAAACCGAUGGUUCUUGGAGGUCGCCGUACGGCGAAUUUUUCCUCGGAUGGUAUUCCGGUAUGUUGCUUUUGCAUGGGGAGAGGAUCUGCCGGGAAGCGGAGAUGAUUUUCCGAGGCAACGAGGUGAAUAUGUCGGGAAAAGUGAGCGGAGUUCAUUGGCACUACGGCACGCGAUCUCACCCUUCGGAGCUAACGUCGGGAUAUUACAACACUUCGAUCAGAGACGGGUUCGUAUCGAUCGUCAGAAUGUUCGGUCGAUACGGUUUCACCGUGUGCUGUCCGUGCUUCGAGAUGCAAGAUGUGGAGGAGCAGCAGACGAUCCCGACGAGUCUACCGGAGAGUUUCGUGAGGCAAUUGAUGCGUGCAGCGAGGAUUUGCGACGUCCCGUUGGAGGGGGAGAACUACUCGAUGAACCUCGACGACGAGUCGUUCCAGCAGGUGCUGAAGAUGUCGAGGCUGUACUCGGACGGGCAGGAGACGCCGUCUUUCUCGUUCAACUUUGUUCGGAUGGAUAAGAAUAUGUUCGAGCCUCGGAGCUGGGUUAGCUUCACCCGGUUCGUUCGAGAGAUGUCGGUGUUGCAAGGCGGAGGUGGCAGCGGCGGAGCCGACUCCGGCGGUGGCGAGACGAACUUUUCUUCCCGGUCGGCUUCCGCUGCUUUCGCCGGAGCUGCUGUUGCUUAUUAGAGAUUCCUAUUGAGGGUUCUUAUUGAAUUUUCCAAUUGAUUUCAAUUUCAUAGAUCGUGGAUAUGAAUGUGGAUGUGGAUGGCUCAACUCAAUCAAUUCAACAUUGUUUUAAUUUAA